AGAGUUAUCGUUGGAAAGCGCAAGCUCUUUAAAAGUUGAAAACGACCGUAAUAAAAGUCACGAGCAACCCUCCUCGCAUCGCUUCUGAGAAAGGCCAAGGAGAGUUGAAGUCGAAAGCUUUUUGGUUUCAUCCCAAUCCUGGGAAUAGAGUUGAAACUUCGGGUCCAUUUUUGUGUGCGCGCGGGAGAGAGAGAGACGGUGGUCUCUUGCUUCUCGUAACUGAAGCUAUGAUAAGAAACUUUUUCCAGCUACAGUCAGCACGCCAAAUCUUAUCGAUUUCCUUGGCGCUUCUCGAAAGCCUCGAUUUGUUUAAUGUAAAGAACGCGCAGUUUUUUCGUUGCCCGCUCUCGCAAGGAAGCCCGUGAGUCCUCCUUUAGCCAACCGAACUCGACCUAAACCAUCACCCCCGCGUCCGAAGCUUCUCUCUUGUUUGGCCUCUCUGGUUCAUCACUUCAAUGGAGCAGAAGCGGAGGCAGAGCACGAAAGCAAUUAGCGUGGAAAAGUUUGAUCCUUUUUCGUAGUCCUUGCUUGUUGAUUUGUAGACAUAGCAUUUUGAUCUGGGAGGACAGCAUUGAGUUGUAUGCAAUGGAGUGCUUCUACUACUUCAAGAACAAAUCGAAACCCAAGGAACGGAGAUCGGCACCGGAGUUGGAGAGGGAAUCGAACAAUUCAGCCACCACCGCCGAUCGUGUCGCUAAGUCCUCGUGCUCAGCUACUUCGCCUCGCGGUAUACCGGAACUCUAUGAGGAGAAGGCCCACAAUUUGCUGGUGUUUUCUUUCUCGGAGCUCAAGCAAGCAACGAAUGGUUUUAGCAGGCUUCUUAAGAUUGGAGAAGGUGGAUUUGGGUGUGUUUAUAAAGGUUCCAUUAAGCCUGUUGACAGAACGGGCGAGCCGAUCCAGGUUGCCAUUAAGAAGCUUAACAGGGAUGGGUUGCAGGGUCACAAACAAUGGAUUGCAGAAGUUCAAUUUCUCGGCAUUGUGGAGCAUGCAAACCUUGUCAAACUCAUAGGAUAUUGUUCUGAAGACAGCGAACGAGGAAGGCAGCACCUUCUAGCGUACGAGUUUAUGCCAAACAAAAGCUUGGAAGAUCAUCUAUUUAAUACAGCAUAUGCUGCUCUUUCAUGGCAAGCUAGAUUGAGCAUAAUACUAGGAGCAGCUCAAGGUUUGGCUUAUCUUCACGAAGGAUUGGAAGUUCAGGUGAUACACAGAGAUUUCAAGGCCUCGAAUGUAUUAUUGGAUGAGGACUUCAAACCAAAGCUUUCAGACUUCGGGCUUGCACGAGUGGGACCCACACAUGACCAUACUCAUGUUUCAACUGCUGUGGUAGGAACAUAUGGAUAUGCUGCUCCUGAUUACAUCGAGACUGGUCACUUGACAACUAAAAGCGAUGUGUGGAGUUUCGGCGUCGUUUUGUAUGAAGUGCUAACUGGAAGGCGAUCACUGGAGAGGAACCGUCCGAGAGCUGAACAAAAACUUUUGGAAUGGGUGAAACAGCAUCCUGCUAAUAGCAGGAAAUUCAGCUCAAUAAUUGAUCCCCGACUCGAGGAUCAGUACUCAAUCAGUGCGGCUCGCAAGAUUGCUAAAUUAGCAGACAGUUGCUUGUUAAAGAGUUCAAAAGAUCGGCCGAAGAUGAGUCAAGUGGUGCAUAGUUUGCGGGAGAUAAUACAGGUUUCGGGUGCCGGAGAUGAUGCAAGUCAGGCAGCGGAUAGGAGCUUCGAGUUUAGUGAGAAUGAACCGGGCGACUCUGAAUCAAACCCUGGUCAAACUGGAAGAACUUCUGAGUCAUGGAAAAGGCGAAUGGCCCAUUUAGCUAAAUUGGGAGAGCAUGUCGAGGGCGCGAGCAGGAGAAGAUUUCUGAUCAUGCAGAGGACAAGAGUGCAAUAAAUCUUGAUCUUCUUAAAGCAAUCAGAUUACUCCAACACUUUCUCUCAAUGUCGUAUAAACUUGAGGUUUUUUGCGAGGCUUGGCUCAGCUCGGCUAGGCUCGGGUCUUCCUUUGUACAGGUAACAGAAGAGAGAUGGUAAAUAUAUCGUUUUGCUUAUCAUUUUGUAUGUAUCUACAUGUUCUGCUUCUUGACUUGAAUAGAACUCAGGGACGUAUGUACUUCAGCAGUCUACUGCUCCAUAAUCCAAUUUUCAGAGUGAAUUUGUGGCAUUUUCCUCUCGAGAAAGAA